AUGAACCAGAACCGGGAGCACCAGAGCCCCACUGCCGAGGCGCAAAGCCCGGCUGUGGACAGCCAAAAUGGCCAGUCCACCACAACUACCUCGGAGACCGAGGACCAACCUCUCCUCGAUCACCAUCUCCACCACCAAGAGGAAGAUCUCCUGCUCGAGCAUCUUUUCCAGCCCCAUUGCGUUGAGUCCGAGUCGCACUUCGGCUCUGACAGUAGUACUGACGUGGAGGACAAGUACCUCACCCCCAACCGACAUGCUGGGAAGAACGAGAUGUACAUAAAAGAAACGAAAACUCGCAUCACCACCACGACCACCACCGUCGAGCUCGUCACCACCAAGAAAAUAUUCGGGAGAAAGGACGGCAUCUACAAGGCUACCAAAGUCACCGUCGACACAACCCGUAUUGCAGGCCCUCAUACACAACGUGAGGAAGACGUGAUUGAGGAGACCGAGUCGGGCUGGAUCACUGACGACGAGGCCGAGAACGAGGGCGAUAACGCCACCAUUGGCGGCAACGCCGGCAACUAAUCCAUUCUCUUCUCAACUCCGCGACGUCGGCCAACUCCCACUACAACGGAAUGGUUCGAUAAGUGCGGUCAGGGACCAUUGUCAGAAUCGUGUCAACUAUACCAGCAAGCCCGCGUCAUAUAGACUCGUUCUAUUGCGAGCCAGUCCAACCGUCAUCAGAAUAGCACUUUGACUUCCUCCUCCUCCUUCUCGUCAUCAUUAAACUCAAUCUCAUUUGACUUUGCGCCAUUUCAACG